AGAUAAAAAGCAAACUCGUCGAGUGUUGUGUUUGUUUUUUGCAAUAAUAAAAGAAAACGAACGGUGGUGAUAGGCCUUGUUCUGUAAUCUCAAUCGCUCCUCCCUCCUCUCUUUUCCAGCGUCCGAUUCCUUCUCCAUUAUCACCGAUCUUACACACGCUCGCGCCAAAUACAAAUUCAGGGUUCCGACGAUAUGUCCGAAGCUCCAGCGAGUCCUGGCGGUGGAAGCCACGAAAGCGGCGAACAUAGUCCUCGUUCUAACAUCCGUGAGCAAGAUAGGUUUCUUCCUAUCGCCAACAUUAGCCGCAUCAUGAAGAAAGCUCUCCCUGCUAAUGGCAAAAUCGCGAAAGAUGCUAAAGAGACCGUUCAGGAAUGCGUCUCCGAGUUCAUCAGCUUCAUCACCAGCGAGGCCUCUGAUAAGUGUCAGAGAGAGAAGAGGAAGACUAUUAACGGCGAUGAUUUGCUUUGGGCGAUGGCUACUCUAGGUUUUGAGGAUUAUAUUGAUCCUCUUAAGAUUUACCUUACAAGAUACAGAGAGGUGAAUUUUAUAUCAAUUUACUGUUUUUUCAAUUUUUUAGGGGUUUUACUUUACAAGCUUUUCUGGUCCCCGGUGAAAAUAAAUGAGAGUUGGGUCCUCUGACAAUGUAUACAGAGUUAUUUUGAAGUUUUAUUGCUGUUGUGCUUUUUACUGAUGGUAAUUUUUUCAUUGCUUUGCCGUGGGUUGGUUCGAUUGGAAAUGUUUCAGAUGGAGGGUGAUACAAAGGGCUCUGGCAAGGGUGGAGACUCGUCUGCUAAGAAAGAUCUUCAGCAAGGUUCUAAUUCUCAGCUUGUUCAUCAAGGUUCUUUCUCACAAGGUGUUUCUUACACAAAUUCUCAGGGUCAACAUAUGAUGGUUCCUAUGCAAGGCCCAGAGUAGGUAACAAGCCAAUUGACCCUUUUUCAAGGGUUGUCUGCAGUGCUGGUAGAGCUUUACAAACUGCUCUCGGCAUAAUUUAGUGUAUUUUAUGUUAUAAGUAAUACAAACAUAAGGCACAUUAAGUUCUUGUGUCCUGAUUUUUUUUUAAAUUAAGGUUUGUAUAUUAUGUCUGGAUUAAAAUUAUUAUUUCAAAGUUACAUUUGUAAUUUUAAGUGCUGGUGCCGCUUGGCAAAUGCUGAAGAAUUUAGGAAGCUGAUUGUAUGCAUAAAUUGAGGUUUUUUAAAACCUUAUAUCGUGUACAAUGGAUGAAAACGGUUGAGUUUUUGAACAGUUGUGGAAUUUUUAUUGAGUGAGCAUUUUAAAUGA